GUGACGUCAUUUCAACAUGGCGGCUCACACCGUCAACAGUAAACAAAGUCCCUUUAAAUUAGUUAUACUAAAUAUACACAAGUCUUUCCUUUAGAUCAAUCAGCAUAUAUGCUUGUUAAAUCUAUAAUACCGACUUUACAGUUUGCUGGUUUGAGAAGGAAAAUACACAUCACUCAAAACAGUUAGCUGGUUAGCUUGUUGCUAACAACACACGAACAUUGAGGCGUCCAUGUUUUUUGUUUUUUUGUCGUAUUUCCGAGUUCCGAUAUAAACCAUAAGCAGCAUUUCUAUCAAAACAAGUCCUAGAAAUGUAAAAGUAUGUAAAAGUGAUUUGCAUGCUCAUAUCCAUUUUAAACGUCAUUUUUAAACCUUGUUUUUGCGCUGAGCUUAAACUUUUAUUUUACAACAACGUCAAAGAAACAAACCAAAACACACCACCAGAGCGACUCUUAACGUUUCUGCAUUCACACUCUGUAUAACGUUCAGACAUCACUUUCAGUAUCAACAAACAAACAAAGUUAGUUCAGUAACAUGAAGCUGAGGGUGAGAGUGAACAAGCAGACGAGCCGGGUGGUGCUGGAGGGAGCCGAACCGACCCUGACCCAACUCAGCACCCUGGUCAAAGAGGUCCUGCUGCCUUCAGCUGGUCUCAGCGCUGAUACAGAGUUCAGUCUGUCUCUGAACGGGAAGGAGCCUCUGGUGGACACAGGACAGACCCUGUCCUCGUGCGGCGUGGUGUCCGGGGACAUGAUCUGUGUAAUACUGCCACGUACUGAUUCUUCAUCUUCCUCGCCAUCACCUUCCUCUCACCAGACACACAGCGUUUCAGCUGUUCAGCAGAACACACCGCAGAGUCACGCUGGAUUAGGAACACAAGAGUCAGGCGCCAGCAGCAGCCACGAGAGCAGAGAGAGCGUGUGCGAUCCUGAGACAGAGGAGAUGGAUAUGGAGAGAGGUGAGGAUGAAGAGGAGGCAGUGGGCGUCUUCAUCCCUGAGCCCAUGCUGUGCUGUGAAGCUGAGGAAGGGAAGGUCCCUCACUCUCUAGAGACGCUGUACCAGGCUGCGCAGUGCAACAGCGCCUCAGAAUGCCUGCUGCUAGCGGCACAUGUGUUACUGCUGGAGACCGGCUUCCUGCCACAGGGUUGUGACGUCAGGGCCGGAGAGAUGCCCAGCGGCUGGCGUGCAGCGGGGGGCCUCUACAGGCUGCAGUACUCUCACCCGCUCUGUGAGAACAGCCUGGCUCAGGUGGUUGCUGUGCCAAUGGGCCAAACACUUGUCUUCAAUGCCACUCUGAAGAUGAGUAGCGCAGUAGAGAGUUCACGGAAGCUGGUACUGAAACCGGACGCGUACGUGACUAAGGAGUGGGCAGGUGGAAACGCUGGAGUGGCCUACAGAGACUUGCAGAAACUGUCUCGUGUCUUUAAGGACCAGUUGGCUUACCCACUCAUUGCAACAGCUAGAGAAGCACUGGGUCUGCCUGCACUGUUUGGUCUGGCUGCGCUGCCCCCUGAGCUGCUGCUGAGGAUAAUGCGGCUGCUGGAUGUGGCCUCCCUCCUAAUGCUGUCUGAAGUAUGCAGACACCUGCACUCCGCUACCCAAGAUGCCUCACUCUGGAAACACCUCCUUCACCGUGACUUCAGAGUGAGUAGUCAAACUGACACUGAGCACAGAGACACAGACUGGAAAGAGCUUUACAAAAAGAGAUUUAAGCAAAAGAAGGCACUGAACAGAUACAGAGCGAGGUGUUACCCUUUCCCAAUUCCCCCAAUUUAUCCUCUUGCUCCAGUGCCCAUCCCUCCUCUACCACUUCCUCUCUUCCCGCCCGGCAUCAUCGGAGGAGAGCACGAUCAGAGACCUGCCAUUCCACAGGGCAUCCUGCCACGCCCACGCUACGACCCCAUUGGCCCGCUUCCAGGUCACGAACCGCGUAUCGGACUUCCCUUUGGCCGGCGUUUGCUGAGGCCAGGCGGGAGCCGAGCGCCAGACACCAGGAGAGGCUUCAUCUGAAUCCACUUUCCAGAUACUUCUACACGAGCCAGAGGCGUCUAAAAAUCUUACAAACAUUAAACCUGGCAAACUCACACUGGCACUAAACAUUUUACAACUUCUCAGAUUAGUAUACAUGCUCCAGAGACAGGCAUAUGUUUUAUCAACUCCCUAUCCAACAUUCCAGAAUAAACUACAUGUAUUGGAAGAUUUAUUUGGACUAUUUAAGUUAGCAGAGAGAAGACAUCAUUUAAUCAUCACAGGUCAGAAACAAAAACAUAAGGACAAAACAAAUUCCUCAGCAAUCUCAGCCUGUCAGAUACAAUUUCUCUUAUUUAUGUGAUGAAGAAACUAAAUCUAAUUUUCGAUGAUAUGUGGAUUAUUGGAUAAAAUAAAAAUAAACAAGACCAAAAAUGCCUUGUCUUAUUUUUUACGGAUGCAUAAAUAGAAAACCACACUGAAGAAAUGAGGAAAAAAAGCAACAACAGACGAGAGAAAAUGGAAAUGAUAGCAAAUAAGCCUGUUCGAGUUCGUCUCUGAGGUCUCGUCUCUCUCCCUAUCAGCUCGAGGAAUGCAAACACUUCUCAUGCAAAGAUCUCUCAUGACCUUCAAGAGCUUGUCAGGGCAUCUCUUCAUAUUGCAUCACUUUACUCAUGUUCAGCACUGCACCAGUUAAGCGUUACACUGCACUUUGGACAGCAUUUUCAUUU